UUUUCAAUUCUCAACAGUUAACAAUUUAAUCUUGUCAUUUAAGUUUGAAGAUUUCCGACAUAUUGGACUUUUUCUUUACACAUUUUUCUCCACAGUGAUUAUCAAUUGUUUUCUAUUUCUAUUCUUAAUUAAUUGUCAUCUCAUCUAAUUGUCAUCAUCAUGCCUGGAAUUUGUCACCGUUGUGAGAAAACUGUUUACUUUAAUGAGGAGCGAAUGGCUAUUGGUAAAUCUUUCCAUAAGACAUGUUUCGUUUGUGCAAACAAGGGUUGUGGCCGUCGACUUGAUAGCGGUAACUUGACUGAACAUAAUGCUGAUGUUUACUGUCGAUCUUGUUAUGGAAAAUUAUUUGGACCUAAAGGUUAUGGUUAUGGACUUGGUGCUGGUGUUAUGAACACUGAAGGUGGAUCAGCUAAGAUUGUAAAUGCACCAACAGUUAAACCAAUUGGAGAAACGGUUGUUGUUAAAACUUCAUCUUCAAUUUCAUCAUCAGCAUCACCAUCUCCAGUGAACUCUGUCUCCUCUACCCCAUCACCCCAGCCACCUUCAUCUCUUGGAGCAAGUUCUAAUUCAACACCAGUUUCUUCAGGAACCUGCAGCCCAACAUCUGAUGAGGCUAUUUCACUUGAAUCUGAUAAAUGUGAAACUUCAUUAUCACCUAACGGUUCCACUUUGGCCUCAGAUGAUUCAACAACUAAUGUUACCCCACCACCACUACCAAACACCACUGCUACCAUCAUUACUACCCCAAUCACAUUUACUGUACUUCAAGGGCAUAAAUUAAUACUCUUGUUGAUAAUAGUAAAUAGUUUUAAUAGGGCUUGGCAUAAAACGAGUUGCUUUAAUUGUAAGGAGUGUCACAAACGUCUGGAAUCAACAACUCUUUGUGAAAAAGAACAUGAAAUUUACUGUAAAACUUGUUACCGUAAAAACUGGGGACCCAAAGGUUAUGGAUAUGGAGUUACUGCCUUACAAUCCUGCAAAUGAUUUUCUUAACAAUCAACUAAUUGCUCAGAUUAACUCUACCUUUGGCUUGUUCUGGCUCGAUGUUCAAUAAGGAUCAUCCAAAUUGAUUCAAUUCUUAUCACUUAUAUUUUUAUCAAAUAACCCGUUUUCUUAGGACAAGGUGAACCUCAAAUACAACAAUUAACUUUUAAUCGUUGAUAUUUUAAUUUUAUUAAUUGUUUGCAAAUUGCAAGACAAUAACCAUAGUAUUGACCACAAUUCAAUUUUAUCGCAAGUAAAUUGAGAGUCAAUCUCCACAAUCAACCUUGGAAUUGGAUAAUUAUUAAAUUAUUUAAUCUGAUUGAAUUUAUUGAUUAUUAUUAUAUUAUUAUUAUUAUUAUACUUUUUUUUGUUUCUAUCUCACUGAUUAAUUUCAGGUUCCUUAACUUUAAUUGUGAUUCCUUAAUUAUUACCAUCAAUUAUGUAAACCUUGAUUCCCAAAUUUUUUUUUACUCACCAUUCAAUCACAAUCAAAUCUUGACCAAUGUGUAUUUUAAAUUAUCUUUUAUUACUCUAAUCAAAUUUAACUAACCACAAUCAACUAAAUCUUUCACCAUUUGGCCCCAAAUUUACAGUAUCUUUUAAUUGUUUCAAUCUAAUAAUAUUGAUGAACACAAUUAAGCUUGAUAACAAUGGAAAUAUAUAAAUUUGUAUACAAUAAAUUUUAUAUAUUUCUAA